AUCAGUCGAAAGAGCGUCAAUAGGAAUUGAGUGACCAUUGUCGUUUCGAGCAUUAAAGAAGAAGAAUAUGCUGAGGACUCGGCUGCUAUGGUUUACAAUUGGUUUCUCUGUGUCAUCAGCAGCAAUUGGUCAUUUCAUUUGGAGAGAUCUUUUGGUUGAUAGAUAUGCCCUUUCCUCUCAUACAAAGCAGAGUUUUGAUGCACUUGAAGCCAGAGUCUUGAAUCUUGAGACUAUCAACUCAAAUCCCGCCCAGGUUGAAGGUUAGAACUUACAUGAAGCUGAAAUGAAUUAGUGAAUAUCAUGUUGAAGUCCUGCCUUGCUCUAAGCAUUUGGCAUUUUAGUAAAAAUAUUGGAGCAAUGUUUCUUAGUCUUCUCAUAUGAGAGUCCCAGUUUUGAAAUAAGAACUCUGCAAUUUUAUGUGGUUGAAAAAGUCCGUGUAUUUUAUGUUUAUUCAUAAUUCACUGUUCUAUGAAGAGGAAAUUUGAUUCAAGGGAA